AUGUCUGCUAUUGAUUCAGAUGAUGAUAUUCAAUCAUCAACACAAAUUCAACAACCAAAAUUACCAGGAAAUUAUUCUGCAAGAAUUUCAGAUCGUUGGUCACAACAAAAUCGUAGAGAUUCAAUAAAUUCUACAACAAUUGAUGGUGUUCAUUCAAAAUUAUCUUUGGAUCAUAUUUUCCCUGCUCAAUUAUAUUCAACUGAAUCUGGUCGUUUAUUCCAUGCUGGUCAAGUUUUGAUUGUUCUUGUUGGAUUACCUGCUAGAGGUAAAACUCAUUUAGCUGUUUCUAUUACUCGUUAUUUAAGAUGGUUAGGUGUUAAGACUCAUCCAUUCCAUGUUGGUGAUUAUAGAAGAGCUGUUUAUAAAAAUUUUGAAGAUGAUAUACCACAAGAUUAUUUUAGUGCAGUACCGAAAACUGAAAUUGGUAUCAAAUUAAGACAAAAAGUUCUUAAGGAUUGUCUUGAUGGUAUUUCAAAUUUUUUUGAAAUUGAAAAAGGUCAAGUUGCAAUUUAUGAUGCAUUAAAUGCCUUACCAAAAGAUCGUUUAGAUUUACAAAAUGAAUUUGGCUCAAAGGGGAUAAAAGUAUUAUUUAUUGAAUCUAUUGUUGAUGAUGAUGAAUUAUUAGCAAGAAAUGUUGCAAACGCUGCAAGUUCUCCUGAUUAUAUUGGUUGGAAUCCAAAACAAGCUAAAGAAGAUUAUAUUAAUAGAAUUAAAACUAAUGCACCAAUUUAUAUUAAGAUGAAUGAAGGUAAUGAAGAUGAAUCAGCAUUAAGUUUUAUUAAAUUUAUUAAUUUUGGUGAUCGAUUAAUCAUGAAUAAUAGUCAAUAUGGUUAUUUAAUUAAUAGAAUUGUGUUUUUCUUAAUGAAUUCCAAAAUUAAAAAUGGUUGUGUUUAUUUUGCAAGAUGUGGUAAAUCUGAUUUAGAUAAAUAUAUUGAUGAUGAAGAAUUAAAUAAAUCAGGUUUAGAAUUUUCAGAAAAAUUAAGUUCAAAAUUAUUAAAUCAUGUUUCCAAAAGAAAAAAAUUAGAGAAAAAACCUUCAUUUGUUAAUGUUGUUAUGGCUGGUGGGAAUCAUAAUUUGUUAGGUCAAUCAGGUACAACAAAUAAACAAUCAAUACAUCCACCUUUCCUUAGUGCUUACACAAAUUCUCAUUCAAAUUUGAAUUCAAAUUUCAAUUCAAAUACAAAUUCUGCAAAUCAAAGUACAGAUAAUUUAAAUAUAAAACAUAAAAUUAGACAACCACCAACUGCAGAUGGAUCAAGUGAAGAUUCAUUUGUUGUUUGGACUGCAACAAGGAAAAGAACUUCAUCAACUGCAAAUCCAUUCCGUCAAAAGGGAAUUACAGUUCGUGAACGUUAUCAAUUAAAUCAAUUAAAUCCAGGUGAAGUUGCAGAUAUGACACAAGAUGAAAUUAAAUCACAAUUCCCAGAUGAAUAUGAACAAGAUUUAAAUGAUCCUUAUCAUCAUCGUUAUCCAAGAGCUGAAUCUUAUCAUGAUUUAGCUGUUAGAAUGGAACCAUUAUUAUUAGAAAUGGAAAGAAUGAGUGGUGAUAUUCUGAUUAUCGCUCAUGAAUCUGUUCUUGCAGUGUUGUAUGGUUAUUUAAUGGCUUGUUCUUGUUAUGAUAUACCUUCUUUAAAAUUCCCAAGAAAUGAAAUUGUGGAAAUUAGUUAUACACCUUAUGAAAAUGUUGCAAGAAGAAUUGUUAUGGAUGAUGUUGAACCAUAA